GCAGCACAGAUUAGUCUGGACUCAGCAUGCUGCGCCAUUCCCACUGUAACUGCGUGCGGCUUUUAACCUAUUAAUAUAGGUCUUGCAGUUUGCCAUGCGGUCCUUUUUGGCUCUGGACAAUGAAUAACACCACCGGCUUGGCGCUGGUUGGAGCGGGCAGCCGGGAAGACCCGCCGGCGCACAGAGCUCUCACUGGAUGCGUCCUGGUGCUGCUCAUCAUUUGGACGCUUGUGGGCAACAUGACCGUGUGCGCGGCCGUGUAUCGCUACCGCCACCUGCGCGCCAAGGUGACCAACAUCUUCAUCGUGUCCCUGGCUCUGUCGGAUCUCCUGGUCGCGGUGCUGGUGAUGCCGUGGAAAGCCGCGGCUGAAGUGGCCGGCUUCUGGCCGUUCGGCGGCUUCUGUAAGACAUGGCUGGCCUGCGACAUCAUGUGCUCCACGGCCUCCAUCCUCAACCUAUGCGUGAUCAGCGUGGACCGAUACUGGGCAAUCUCCAGCCCGUUUUGCUACGAGCGGAGCAUGAACAAGAGGGUGGCCUUCGUGAUGAUCGGGGUGACGUGGACAGUGUCCGUUGUGAUCUCCUUUGUUCCCGUGCAGCUAGACUGGCACCGGGCGGAAAUCAGUGACCCCGGCGGGCGCGUGGUUCCACACCUGGAGAGCACCGAGGGGAGCUGUGACUCGAGUCUGAGCCGCACUUACGCAAUCUCUUCCUCCCUUAUCAGCUUCUACAUCCCCGUUGUGAUCAUGAUCGUCACCUACACCCGGAUUUACCGGAUUGCCCAGACGCAGAUCCGGGUAAUAUCUUCCUUGGAGCGCGCGGCGGAGCACGCCCAGAGCUGCCGGUCGCACGUGCCCGAGCUGUUCCCGCACAUGUGCACAGACAUCGGUGCCAGCUCCUACCAGUCCCGCAUCAGCAUCCACCCUGAUUCCCAGUGCCCCAAUAAGUCACACCGGGAGCUCAGAGUCUCCAUCAGGAAAGAGACCAAAGUGCUGAAGACUCUGAGCAUCAUAAUGGGAGUUUUCGUUUGCUGCUGGCUGCCCUUCUUCAUCCUGAACUGCGCUUUACCUUUCUGCCCCGGACCAGGGGCCCCUGGAGCCCACCGCGGCCCCUGCUGUGUCAGCGAGAAAACCUUCGAUGUGUUCGUGUGGAUCGGGUGGAGUAACUCCUCCCUAAACCCCAUUAUUUAUGCGUUCAACGCGGACUUUAGAGAUGCCUUCCUUCGCCUGUUGCGCUGCCGCGGAGGAGGCUUUCUGUCGGCGGUGAGUACAGCGGUGGAGACCAUGCUGGCGAACAACGAGGCCGGGCAACAGAGGCGAGACAGCACCCUGAAGGCAAAGUUGAGCGUGUCCACGAACACGCGGGGGAGUCAGGACAGCGGAAACACCACGGUGGCCGUGUUUUAUCACCGAGGGGCCACGAUGGAACAAGGGACGGACACUGAGGAAAGAUUUGACAAAGACCGAUUGACACAAAUACCCAGAUAAUUUUAAAAUUUCCAGCCACGCUGAUCUUCUUUUAGUCUGUUUUUAGUCGAUAUUAAAUAAUUUUGUCCAUCAAACAAGUUCUUUAAGGAAAGGAAAAUCACUUAUUUUCACUUGAUAGCCUAGAAGUAUGGGGGACUAAAAGUGUUACAAUUCAAAUAGCCAAAAACAAGUAGUUGUAGUUUAAUGGGUUUCCUUAACUAAUUAAAACUGGAAACAAACACGUGAAUAACUAUUCUAACACUUUUAUGCAUUAGUUGUGAUAAUCAUGCAAAAAAUGCAGAAUUGUUUUGUUUUCAAUCUGUUUUUGACGCUUUUAGUUUAAGAAAUAUGGCGGCUAAACCAGUGCGGCAACACACUUUUACAUUUUCUAACAUUGUUCACUUUUAUGAGAAAAAGAAACUAACCCUAGCCUAAAUGUUUCCCAUUAAUCCAUCAGCUCUUUGCUGAUGACUCCUUCAGAAAAAAACUCAAGUGAAAAUACACAGUGAAACUUAAUGAGAGCCAUCUAUAAACUCAGUGAAAUGCAAACCCAAGCAAAAAUAUGUCAAUAUAAAAAAGGAAUAGUAGUUAUACCAAAGCCCCUACGUUGGUAUAACUUAUUUUUGAGCUUGAACAAAUUUAGUUUUAUUCAAGGUAGUAAACAUAUUUUGACAGCAUGCAUUACAUUGGUGACACAGAGGUCGGCCCUGGGGAAACCCUGUAAAAGAAAACCUUUAUUGAUGAAGAACGUUCGUCAUAAUCCACCCCCUCUUGAUUCCACAGUCCCAGCUGCAUGAUCUGAAUGCUCACAUUGCCUGUGAUCCGAGCGAUAUGACGUGAAAGGACGAAGUGACCUGUGGGUCGUGGCUUGUCGUAUAUAAUGAAACAACAAUGUGAGAAGAGGCUAACAUCAUUUGUUUUAGAUUGACUUGCUGUGCAGGUUAAACCAAUCAGAUAGGUGGGCCACUAUGGAUAUUCUAAUGGUUUCUCUGAGCAUUCAGACACAGUAACCAUGAAGCAAUUAAAGGAACAAUGAAUGAAUAAUGACAUGUUAUUUUAAUAGAUAAUUACUUCAGAUUAUGAAUAAUGGAUUUCACAUUAUUUUAUUAGCCAUUCAAUACAUAAUACAUUGAAGUUACUACAAAUUAUUUUAUUCCCCAAAUUGCAUUAAUUUUUGUUUUUAUUUACCCUAUAGCAUAAAUAUUCACCUAAUCAGUUAAUCAUUUAUUACAUCACCACACUUUUGACCAUGAUGUAAUUUCAUAAAUAGGCCGAGGUAUUUCUGUUCUGUGAUCUUCAUAUUGGACUGGGGUUUUCAACAGCAUUUAUUUAAGUGACAUUUGGUGGCCAAGCAGGACCAGAUGCUCAUACUGGAUCAUUGUCCUAAAGUUCAUGCUCUUCUUGUCCCUGACUUUUUCCAGUAUCACUGCUCAGAAACUGGAAAUACCGUCCACUUAAAUUUUUUGUUCAGCCAUGAAGAGUAAUGGUACAGAAAGAGAGAGAUAAUAAGCUUAACUCACACAUAGACAGCCAUUAAGGACUUGUUAAAUUUCCACCAGUUUAAUCCAUCAGGUGUCACAUUCAUUUGAUUAAAUCUAAGAAUAAAACUUUGAGGAAAAAACUUCAAGCUGCUUUGAUUAGUUUGGAAAUCUGACAUCUUAAAGUUUAUGUUUUAAAACUGCUGACAUUUUUAAUUCUGGACACAGUCACACUGUAUAUGGGAUCUUCACAUUUUCAUAUAUUUUGGACUUUCAUUUGUAGGUAAUGUGUGCAUUUUUUUUCUCCAGGCAUUUUAUGGACGAACAGUACAAUGUAUGAAUUAGCAGUUUUCUAAUCUACUUUAUUAUUUAAGCUCUUUCCCUUUAAGAUGGGGGUUGGUAAUUCUGGUCCUUUUGGGUCAAUAUUAUUCAUGUCUUCAGGUAUUUGAUUGCUUGAACGCACAAAUGAAAAGAGCUUUUGUCAGCUCCUGCUGUAAUGCCAUGCGUAGAAACACUUCAGGUGUUUGAUUCAGGUGGAGCAGGGGACACGUCUAAAACAUAAUGAGAACUGAAAUCCCUCCAGUUCUUCCAGCAGGUCCUAAAACAAUCUGAUAAUAGUGUGAAUACUAAUUUAAGGUUCCAGUUGAUUUUGUCCACAUCCUCUCUCAUCACAUUGAUGUAGGUGGAUUAGUGAGUGAAGUGAUUAUCUGGCUGUUUGAUCCCCAUCUCUUAAAACCCCACACUGUUCCUGACACAGUUCUGUGAAAAAGUAUUGAUAUAUCUUGAACAUCAAAUGUGGGACAUUUAAAGGUUAAAUGUAUUUUGUUGUGACUUUAUGUGAACAAGACAUAGUGCUGUGUGCCAGUCUCAAGUCUUUUGCAGCCUUUAGCAGGUUUUCCUCCAGGAUUGCACCAAUCAACUCUGACCACUUCCCCUGUCUCUGCUCAGAGGACUUUAUUAGUAGGAAAGAGUAUUUUAUUUAGUCCUAGCACAACGCACGCCACAGUGCUCAGACAGUUAUUAAGACAAAUAUUUGAAAUCUGUGUAAGUAUUAUGCCUGCAAUUAACAAUUAUUUAGUACUCAAUUAUUUAGAAUUAUUGAUUACUCAAAGUAAUCAAUAAUUCUAUUGAUUGUUCUGACGGCCAGUUGAUUAAUAUGAUAAAAGAGAUGGUCCAUUCUGCAGAUUUUUCAUUUUACCACUUAAACCUUUUUAUACAAUAGUAGAAAUAUUCAAAAUGCAAAUAAACAAAAAACCCCAAUAGUUUUUACAAAAUAAGAAAAUAAACAUUUGAUUGCCUAAAAUACAACAACAUAACAUUUCUUUAGGAAAUCUGAACUGAGGGAUUUUAGCUAAAACAUAUUUACAGACAAAGGUGAUUUCGCCUUAAAUUCAAAUGUACAUAUAUUUGGUACAGUUUGGCAUAAUUACUGCUAGAUAGCCGUAAUUAUGUAAAUAUCUAGUUUUUGUAAAGCAAAUGGCCUCUUUUGAAUCUGAAUACUCCAGUUAACUUACUUGAUUACUAAAUUAGUUCAAAAAUCUUUUCAGUAAUCAGUUAAACAAGAUAAAUUGUUGAAUUAAUUGUUUCAGCCCCAGUAAACAUCUGUCCACUUUAUGGUCCUGCAUUACUUUUUGUUGCUCUGUUGUGUAGCAUUUCAAUAAACUACAAAUAUGUUUGUUCACUAAAUGCAAAAAUGUUCAAGUUGUUUGAACAUUUUUGAAUUUGCAAGGCACAAUAUUCAGAGAGGAAUAUGUAAAUUCCUGUGGAGUGUGAUGUGUGUUGUAAAAGUUGCUGAAUAUAUGAUUAAAUAAGUGAGAAAACAUUGUAAAGUGCUUUCAAAAUAAAAUAAGGUUGAAAGAGAA